UUGGUGUCGUUUUUAAUUGUGUUUUUUCUAUGUGCUUGGGGAUGUAUUGCCGAUCGAAUCGAUGAUUCGUUAAAAAGUGCAAACGAACGAGUGAGUUGGAAGCUUUACCGAAAAGUGUUUUGCAUCGAGUCUGAAACUAAUAAUGAUGCGCGUCAAAUUAAGAGUUGUUAGCGAGUGCAAAGCGCUGAUAUUCGCCAUUUGAAUGGGUUCGAGCAUGGACUGUUGCUCCAACGAAGAGAUGACGUUCAGAGUCAUUGGGUCGAGGGCGCCGAGCAAAGCGAUGGAGCGGUACGAGCGGCUGGGCCGGCUCGGCGAGGGCAGCUACGGGGUCGUCUUCCAGUGCAGGGAUCGGCAAACCGGUCGGCUCGUCGCUGUCAAAAAAUUCCAGCAAACCGAGGACGACCCGCUCAUCAGGAAGAUCGCCCUCAGGGAAAUCAGGCUGCUCAAGAAUUUAAAGCACCCAAACCUGGUGAACCUACUCGAGGUGUUCAGGCGCAAGCGCAAGCUGCACCUCGUGUUCGAGUACUGCGAGCGGACUUUGCUCAACGAGAUGGAGAAAUACCCGCACGGGUGUCCCGAGCUGAUGACGAAGCAGCUCACCUGGCAGAUACUCCAGGGUGUGGCCUACUGCCACAGGCUCGGCUGCGUGCACCGGGACGUCAAGCCCGAAAACAUACUGCUCACCGCCGACAAUGUCGUCAAACUCUGUGACUUUGGAUUCGCGCGGAUGCUCAGCCCCGGCGAGAACUACACCGAGUACGUGGCCACCAGGUGGUACCGGGCACCCGAGCUCCUCGUGGGGGACACGCAGUACAGCACACCAGUCGACGUCUGGGCGAUCGGCUGCGUUUACGCGGAGCUCAUAAGGGGCGAGGCCCUGUGGCCGGGCAAGUCGGACGUCGACCAGCUCUACUUGAUACGAAGGACGCUGGGUGACCUGCUGCCCAGGCACAUGGCCAUAUUCCAGCAGAACGAGUUCUUUGCGGGCAUUACCCUGCCCGCCCCGCAGACCCUCACGCCUCUCGAGACGCAGCUACCCGAGACGGCCAACUCGAAGCUCCAGCUGGAUUUCCUGCACAAGUGCCUGGACAAAGAUCCGGACAAGCGAUGGGCGUGCGACCAGCUGCUGCAGCACGUCUACUUUGAGAAUUUCCACUUCAAGAUGCCCGACGCAGAGAUGGAGGAGUUUGAAAAGCUGAGAAACCUUCGGGAACGAUCGAGACCCAACAAUUUCGGGCAGAUGGUACUGCCGCAGCUUCCGAAGGCGGCCGCUGGUGGUGGGUACGCGAACGGCCACACCGAAGCCAUACCGCGAAGCUCGUCGCUCCGGCACCAGCAGAGCUUUGACCACUUGCCCGUUAUCAGGGGCUAGUUUUCAAUACAGACAAUCACACAUAUACCUAUUACAUGAAUGAUGAUCGCUCUGCCGAUUAUCUAUUUUUUUUUUUUUUUUCUUUUCCAAACGAUGUACUUACAUGGACUCCUCUCUGUGAUUGAGGUAACACGCGACGAUUGCCCCAAUAUUCAUCGGGUCUGAUUCGAAAUAAACGUAUAUAUAAGAAUAUAUUGUAAACUGAUUGAUUGUUGGUUGGUUCUGUGUUUAGUCGAUAUUGUAUCGUUGCGCGAUUAUUGCAUGUAUACUUUACAACAAGUGGAGCGUACUUGAAUACUUUUAUUCCUUCUUUCCGAGUUUCUUGGAGUGUUUUUUUUUUUUUUCGUAAUA